UGUUGUUGAAUCACUAUGAGAAUAUCGUUCUUUUCUUGUAUGCAUCGCUUGUUUGGCUUAAGGCUGCUUCAUCAACUUGUCAAUCAAAACAGGAGGAGGGUUGUUGUUACGGGGAUAGGCCUUGUUACUCCUUUAAGUGUUGGUACUAAUUCCACUUGGAAUCGACUCAUCGCUGGUGAAUGUGCUGUAGACAGAAUUACUGCCUUUGAUGCCUCCAGGUUUCCGAUACAGAUUGCAGCUGAAGUUCCUAGAAGCAGUUGGGGAGACUUAGGGCCGUGUAGAAAGAUAAAUUGUAAAAAGUUGCAGGACGAGGAGUUUUUUGAUGCUACUAGAAUAUUAGGAUUUUCGGAAGAUGACAAGAAAAAGACACCAGAGUUUAUUCAGUUCGCCUUGGCUGCUAGCAAAGAAGCUUUAGAAGAUGCAAACUGGUUUCCAGUGGAUGCAACCAGUUUAGAGCGAACUGGUGUGGCAGUAGGAGCGGGAAUUACUUCUAUUCCGGAUAUUAUUGAAGCAAAUAGACUUAUUGAAUCUUCUGAAAGAGGUUAUAGACGUGUAAGCCCGUUUUUUGUACCUCGUAUUUUAACAAAUAUGGCGGCUGGUUAUAUUUCUAUGAAAUAUGGAUUUCAAGGACCCAAUCAUUCUGUUUCUACAGCUUGUGCUACAGGUUCUCACUCUAUUGGCGAUGCAUUUCGUAUGGUUCGUGAUGGAGAUGCAGAUGUUAUGAUAGCUGGAGGUUCAGAAGCUUGUAUUCACGAGGUUUCUCUUGUAGGUUUCUCAAGAGCCAAAGCACUGGCUUCAUCUUAUAAUGACUCACCCCAAAGAGCGUCUCGUCCGUUUGAUAAAGAUAGGGAAGGAUUCGUUAUUGGUGAAGGGGCAGGAAUUUUAGUCUUAGAGGAAUUAAAUCAUGCUGUCGCUAGGAAGGCAAAAAUUUAUGCGCAGGUUGAAGGCUAUGGACUUUCUGGUGAUGCCCAUCAUAUAACUGCACCACGUUCUGAUGGUCAUGGUGCUUGGCUUGCUAUGAAGAGAGCCCUGGACAUGAGUGGAUUGUCGCCUCUUGAUAUUGAUUAUGUAAAUGCACAUGCGACUUCAACUCCAUUAGGAGAUGAAAUAGAAAAUACCGCCAUUCGACGACUUUUAUCUUUGCACUGUGGAAAGGAAAGAAAUGGGCCUUCACGGAAUGGUCGACAUCCUCCCGAUGUUCUAGCAGUUUCUUCAACAAAAGGCGCGAUAGGUCAUCUUCUUGGUAGUGCUGGAGCAGUGGAAGCUGCUUUUACAGUUCUCUCCAUCUUUUAUCAAACCAUUCCACCCACACUUAAUCUUGAUUGUCUACCAAGUGAAGAAUUUGAUCUCGAUUAUGUUCCUGAAAAGGCCAAAGAAUGUCGAAUUCGGGCAGCUUUAAACAAUUCUUUCGGUUUUGGAGGUACUAAUGCUUCUUUAUUAUUCACAGAGCCGAAUAUAUGAUUCGUUAGCUCGUGGCUGUAGACCAUAAUGCUUGAAAAGUUUCAAGAAGUUUAUUUUCGUUGUGCCCGAAAUUUGUAUCGGAGU